ACACUGACGGAAACAAGUCGGAACAACGUGACUGUUGGCGGAGUUGCUAAGUAAGACGUGCUAGUGUCUCUCUGCUCAUUUGUGGCAUAAAGUCAGAAUUUUACUCACGAGUCGCACAAGACAUAUUUUGAGUUGACAGCGUCGGAAGAUUCCAGAAUAAAAACAAGCGCGAUGUCUGUGACGGUGAAAACUUACCUGCUGGACCAAGACGAGGCGGUGAGGGAGAUCCGCAAGUUCGAACUGGACCGAUACGGGAUCCACUUCGACGAUCUCAGCAGGAACAUCUGCGACGUGUUCUCCAACCUGAAGAACGCUGCUUUCAACAUGUUCUACAGAGGUGAGGAAGGACACCUGGUGGCGUUCUCCUCGUAUCAAGAGCUGGAGGUGGGCGUGGCCUGCAUGAAGGACGACACUCUCCAUGUUUACAUCAAAGACGCCCAGCAUCUGAAUGGUCGUAAAGAAGAACGUCCCCCUACAACACAGGACGGAAGCUCUACUUUGAAGCAGGAGGAUCCCCAGCCCCCCCACAUUAAAGAAGAAAAGGAGGAACUCUGUAUCAGUCAGUCAGGAGAAGAGUGUUUUUUCGGGGCGCGGGAGGCUGAUCUCACCAAGUUGCCUCUGACUGGUGUCUCUGUGAAGACUGAAGACCAUGAAGACAAACCACAAGUUGACCACCUCUUAGCUCCUCUAUCAGAUAGUGACGACAUAACAUCACAUUCAACUGAGGAUGAAGAUGAGGACUACAUUCAAGAACCUUUGAGCAGCAAUAUAGACUGUGAGGGUGACAUGAGGACUCACACUGACAACAAACACCCUGAAUGCUCUAAAGAUAGGAAAAAGAAGAAGAAGUCAGAAAAGAAGACAGGCAGCCAGCAGCUGAUUGGUCGUCAAGAAGAACGUCCUCCGAAACCACAGGAUGGAAUCUCCACUUUAGACCAGGAUGAUUUACAGCCCCCCCAAAUUAAAAGGGAAGAGGAGGAACACAAUAUCAGUCAGUCAGGAGAAGAGUGUCUUCUCGGGCCGCAGGAGGCUGAUCUCACCAAGUUGCCUCUGACUGGUGUCUCUGUGAAGACUGAAGACCAUAAAGACAAACCACAAGUUGACAACCUCUUUGCUCCUCUUUUAGAUAAUGACGACAUAACAUCACAAUGUACUGAGGAUGAAGACGAGAACAACACCCAAGAACCUUUGAGCAGCGAUGAUGGUGAUAUGAGGACUCACACUAACGAAUACCCUGAAUGCUCUGAAGAGAAGGCCGGUAAAAAAAGUUUUAUCUGCUCAUUUGGUGCCCAAAGCGUUUGUAAUAUGGAUUCUGCUCCAUACAUGAAAACACACACAGGAGAAAAACCUUUUACUUGCUCCGUUUGCCACAAUAGUUUUUCUCAGAAGUCCACCUUGACUUUACACAUGAGAACACACACAGGAGAAAAACCUUUCAGUUGCUCCGUUUGUUCCAAUAGUUUUUCCCAGAAGUCCACUUUGACUGCACACAUGAGAACGCACACGGGAGAAAAACCUUUCAAUUGCUCAGUUUGCGGCGAUACAUUUUCCCAGAGGGGCUCUUUGACUGCGCACAUGAGAAUACACACAAGUGAGAAACCUUUUAUUUGUACAGUUUGCGGUGAUAAAUUUUCUCGAAGGUCCAGCCUCAAACUACACACGAGAACACACACAGGAGAAAAACCUUUCAUUUGUUCAGUUUGCGGUAAUACAUUUUCUCGAAGGUCGAGCCUUAAAUGUCACAUGAGAAAACACACAGGAGUAAAACCUUGUAUCUGCUCAGUUUGCGGAAAAAUAUUCUCAGAGAAAAAAAAUAUGGUAUCCCACAUGAGAACACACACUGGAGAGAAACCUUUUAUUUGCUCAGUUUGCGGCGAUACAUUUUCCCGGCAAGACAGACUGAAAUUACACAUGAGAAAACACACAGGAGAGAAAUCUUUUAGUUGUCCAUUUUGUGAUCAAGGUCAUUCUGAUGAGCAAAGUUUGACAGCACACAUGUCGACACACAGCGGAGAAUAAAUGUUUUCCUGUCCAGUUUGUGCUAUAGGAUUGACAAGUUGUAGAAGUGGAAUGUCUCGUGUGAAAAUUAGUAAAAAAUAGUAGUUGUACAUCACUUAGAUAGUGAUGAUCUGUGUAUGAUACCAGAUUCCCUCAUGGGUUCCAGGUUAGUGUGCCACUAAGAACAGCAGCUACAUUAUUUUAAAUGAACUCUGAAGCAAAUAAAAAAUGUUGACUAACAAGGUCAGACAUUCUGGUUGGUUGAGGACAGCAUAGAUGGAGAUUUCCCUCACAUCAAAAGUGUGUUUGGUAGAUUACCUGUCUUUGUGAUGGCACCAACAUUUGCUUCAUCAGUUAAUAAAAUGAGCUGUAAAUUACACAUCAAGUACAUACAACAUAAUAUAUUUCCCUAUUGAAUAAGGCAAAAUAACUCCUAAAUCAAAAAGUCACUUCAAACUCUGUACUGCUCAUUGGUGUUAUUGUAACAUGUGUUUCAAAUUAUUUAAGCCUUUAUCGUGUACUUAAAGAGUCAGACAUUUGUUAUUGAUCCAAUGUUGGUGUGCCUCUUUCAUGUUUAAAAGCCACAUACAAUAUUAACUGUCCUUUGUUCAUGCACAUAAAUGUUUAUCAAGUGUUUGCAUGUGUUCAUUAAAUCAAUAUAUUCUUCUGACACUGCAUUUAUUUUACUUUUAUGUCUAAAUCAAGUUUAUCCUAUGUGUAUUAAAUGCACCGUAAGUGUUAGAUCAAUUUUAUCAUAGCUCUUUAAGUACUGCCAUGUUAAAAAGUAAAUCUGUCUAUUUUAUUGGCUUUGUCUGUAACUCCAAACUAUGUGGUGCCUGCCAAAAAGUGAUUCAAAUUAACAUUUUGAUACUGACAAAUAUUUCCUGUGCAUAAAUGACUAUACUCUAUUACCAUUCAGAGAGUUACAUAUUUGAUAAUAAAGUACAUACUCUACUGUUUACUUGUUGAAGUACCCUUUCCAUUUCUAUUUUCCAGAAGGAAGUAUGAACUUACAAUAUACUGUAUGUGCCUUAUUUACAGUUAUUCAACUUCUACUCUUUCAAAUGUUCUUGUAAUCAGACCAUAUUUUUCGGUAUAUUAGAUGGAAUCUUUACCUGACAUGUUUCGACUGUCAUCUGCAGUCUUCUUCAAAAGGGUCACCUGACCACUGUGACGUGUGGCCUUUCAGCAGAUCUUAUAGGCGCGGCCAACCAGGCAGACCUGUCAAGUCUACCUGGUUGGCUACCCCUGGUUAAUGGAGGAGUAAGUCCCAGGUAUGCGAGAGCAUGAAUGCUCCCUCAUCCCGAUUGAUGGUUUCCUUGGACAUGAAAAUCAUGAAAAUCCACCGCAAAGAUGACGGCAGUCAAAACAUCACUGUUCAUCGAAAACCGACACACACCGACCAAUUUCUACUCUGGACCGCCGAACAUCCCACAGCACACAAACUAUCAGUCGUGAGAACACUCUGUGAACGGGCCAACAUCGUAACAGAAGAACAAGAUAGAAAAAAAGAAGAGAAACACAUCAAAAAUGCACUCAAAAACUGCCAAUAUCCCAUCUGGGCUAUGAAAAAAAGGGGAACAAGAAGUAAAAAACAAGGAAAAGAACAAAGAAGAAACUCAAAUAAAAACCUGAAAAAAGCCAACCAGGUAGACUUGACAGGUCAAAAAAUAUGGUCUGUUUACAAGAACAUUUGAGGAUUAGUCAGACAAUUUAGAGUGAAAAGCUAAUUUUAUUUUCACUCGCAUACAAAACAUUCUAAC